CAAUUAGGAGAUGAGAUGUUCCAACCUCUUUGCCUGCAGAAUUUUGAAUGAAAUAGUUUCACUCAUCUUUGUGCAUCCAUUGAAUAGGAAACUGUUAUACCACAAUCGACAAAUUCAGGAGCUAGGCUCCUCUUUUCUGAUGUAUUAAAGCAUCAUUGUCAGAACGCGGUUACACACUCUCCUAAAAGACGGAGAACAAGGAUGCCAAAGAAGGAUUUAGAAACCGGAAAUUUCGAGAAUCUGAUAGUGGAAGUGACUCAAGGGUUAAGUCCAAACAUUGGAGAAAACACAAGCUUCAUUCAGAACAAUUUACAAGGCAAAUAUCUUUCUGGUUCAGAUGCCGCUCAACCUGAUAUCCCGUUGUCUGCUGUACAGCAUUCAGAAGCAGUGAAGCUGAAAAUGCAGUCUGCUGUAGAAAGAGAAGGAACUCCUGGUGAUGCUGUCAAUUUGCAAACUGUCGAGAAUAUAUCACAGGGAGAUGCUGAUAUAGAUAUGGAAAUAGAUGAUACCAACAGCAUAGAAGAUACAAUCUUUGCAAUGAACAAUCAUAAAGACCAAUCAUCCACAAAGACCACAAGCUUAACUCUGACGGAGCUGGCUCAACAGAUGGCUGUUGAUGAUGAUGAUGAUGACAUUGUGAACUCUGUAUGUGAUAGCAGUCAUGUCUUCGUUGGGGGUUAUAAGGUAAAAUCUGAAGACUCGGGCCUCCUCGGCUCUAUUCUUUCCAAGCAUGGGGAUAUUGCUGAUAACUGCAAUUUCAAAACACCAUCAGUUCGUUCUCUGUUCAUACAACAUGUAUGUGACAUUGUUCAAACUUUGAAGAAGACUAGUAUUGCAUUCAUCACUACGAGUGAGCUUGAAAAGAUGGUAGCUGGCCUUAGUGAUAUUGAAGGAGCAUGUAUAGAAGUUGGAUGGCUCAAAGAGAGGCUCGUUGAGAUUUACGAAGCAAAGAAAGCUAUCCCUAUGCUUGGGCCAUCAUCCGAAUUGAGAAAGACUCAAACUGAACGGAAAUUCAAGAUUCAGUGUACAAAAGCACUUGUGGAAGAGUACAAGAGAGAGAUUGUUAUUAGAGAGGAAGAACUUCGCAAUUUAGAGGAAAAGUUGCGCAUGGCUGAGAGUGUACUUUCUGUUGACGAAGAGGAGGCUACGACAGCAGAAAUGGUGAUUGGUGAGUACAAGGACAAGUUGAGGCGCAUUGUGGAGUUAGGCUCCUUGCAUUGUGGUCUAGUAUGAUUGUUACUUUCGACAAACAGUCACAUUCGGGGUCUACACUCCGAGGAUUGCGCCUUAUGCGAGGAAUUUGAUGUGGUUCGUGAGCAAUGGGCUAAGUUUUUUACCAACAAGUAUUUAUUAUUGGCUUUAGCGCGCUUGAUCGAGUUGGUUUAGUUGUUAUAGAAUAAAUUUUAUAUUAAAAUG